CCUUUACUGUAAACUGAGUCAGUGGGGAGAACUGCUGCUGUGCCCAGUUUGCAGCGUGGCUUGUAGGUCUGCCUGCAUGCUGAGAGUACAAGGAACUGCAGAGCGGAUCUGGGAAUAAACAGAGAGGAAACAAGGGCGGAAACUUAAACCAGCUUUGAGAGCUGAGCUUGGCUGGAGAACUGCACCCUCUGUGUUAAAGGAGAAAGUUAUGUAGGUCUUCUCAAGCUCUCGAAGUAGGACAUUUGGUUGCUAACUGGCCUGAAGCUCCGUCUUGCAGAGUCCUCCUGCAGAAGACAUUCGCAUACCCUGAAGUUCCCUGCCUCAGAAGAAGGGGUCUUGAUGUACAAGAUUGGUACAAGAUGAUGAUGUAACACAGGCCAUACUGAAGGUCUCCUGAGAAGAACUGGCUUUGUAAGAGACUACUUGUUUUUCUUCAUUUUUUUUCUUUUUUCUUUUCUUUUUUUUUUUAAACAACUCUCCCGCUAGAAUCUAGAAGCAAGAUGCCAGCCAAGACACCCAUCUACUUGAAAGCUGCUAACAAUAAGAAGGGGAAGAAAUUCAAACUAAGGGAUAUCUUGUCUCCUGAUAUGAUCAGUCCGCCACUUGGAGAUUUUCGCCACACCAUACAUAUUGGAAAAGAGGGACAACAUGAUGUUUUUGGGGACAUCUCCUUUUUGCAGGGAAACUAUGAAUUAUUGCCUGGAAAUGAAGGAGAAACUAGAGUUAGCCAAUCUGGUGGCCACAGUGAAUUCUUAAGGGCAAACAGCACUUCUGAAUCCAUGUUUACAGAAACUCCAUCACCAGUGCUCAAAAAUGCUAUUUCCCUUCCUGCCAUUGGGGGUUCUCAAGCCCUUAUGUUGCCCUUAUUGUCACCAGUGACGUUUAAUUCAAGGCAAGAAUCCAUCAGGUCAUCAAGAAACCCACGGGUUAGCUGUGAGCCAGUAAUUGAAGAAAAGCUGCAGGAGAAAAGUAAACAGAUGGAGAAUGGAGAAACAUACAAGGAUGACGUGUGGGAGCAAAAUGGUUCUUCAUCACAUUUUAUUAAUGGUAGAGACAGUAACUCAUCCAGCUUUUCUGAACGAUGCACUGAUUGGCAAACAGUUGAUUUGAUUGAAGAUAGCCGACUUUCGUGUGAACUAACCAAGACAAAGUCAGAAGAAUCCCUUUCAGAUCUUGCAGGCUCUCUUCUCUCAUUACAGCUUGACUUGGGACCUUCACUUUUGGAUGAGGUCCUCAAUGUAAUGGACAAGAAUAAAUCUUAGAGCUGGUACUCCUUGCUUUCUUAUAAGUGAUUCACUUAAACAAAAAUAAACAGAAAUGCAGUUGAAGAGAAGAGACACUUAAAAAUCAGCUGUAUGUGCAGCUGUUUGACGGGUUUUCUAAAAAUAUUCAUAAAGUACUAUUUUUUUACCUAUUGUUUUUCAUAAUUUUUAUGACACUAAAUUCUCAUAACAGGAAGGUAAAUUUUAAUAACAGUUUUCAGCAAAUAUAAAAUGUUUUUAAGUACCAGUAUAAUGAUCAGGAACUUAAGAAACAGAAUUUGAGGAUGAUACUGAUCAUGGCAUUUGGUUAGUUCACUUCAACAGGCUUCUGAAUAUAUGAGACUCUGAAAGUGUCAGAAAGGAGAUUGGUGUUAGUUAUUCACUGUUAUAAAUUAUUGCAACAUCACUUUACAUGUAGGCCUCUUUCAAGAACCUUGUGCUUGGGGUCUUGGUUGUGUUUUUCUUCAUUUCCUGUAGUACCAUUUCUGUUAUACCUUCUCAGUAACUAUUUCUGCAGUCUUAUACUGCUCUGUAUCCAGAUGUAAACAGUUGAAGGCUUUUUCAGCUUCAGAGUGUCAACUGUUCUGAGUAUGCACGAAUCUUCACAGUUUGAGGCUUUGGGCCUGAUGUUGUAUAUGAAAUGAUGUGUUGUAAACAGGUGACACAUGCAAAAUAGGAUGGUUAAAUUAUUUUAGAAGUUGAAAUAUAUUUUUGUGUGUAUCUUGGCUUUUUAAUGUGGAGCCUACACAUACAGUAUCUCAUAAAAAAUUGCUUGACAUUAUUGGUGCUCUUCUGAAAAUUGUAUAUUUGUGUGUUUGAAAACAAAUAUGUAUUGAUACUCCUUGCUUUUUUUUUUUUUUCCUUCAUUUAUUGCCACACAUGCUUAAACUUGCAACUGAAAACUUUGAUUUUUCAAGAAGGCACUGGUUAUUCACAACGCUUGUGAUGUGUGCUGCAACAGGCAAUGUUCUGGGAAACAUGGAUCCUUUAAUACAGUAUCUACAUGGAUUGCAUAGAUAUCUUGUGCAAUACAAUAAAACAAAUUAAAUUAC